CGCACGCAGACAACGCUACCUCGCCGUCGCAGCGGGGAGGGGGCGGUCUCGCGAGUUGUGAUACGCAGCGGCACACGCCGCCUCGGGCCUCAGCUCGCCGCCACCGGCAGUACAAAACAAGCCGGCGGCAGCGCCCGCCCGCCCGCCUGAGGCGGGGAAAAAACGGGCAACCGCCGCCACCGCCUCCUCCCUUAGCUUGCUCGCCCCCGGCCAUAGCCUCCUCCGACUCCAGAAAAAUAAUAUAAGCUAGCUAGCCCUCUCCGGUGAACGCCAUCGGCGAAGUUACGCUCGGUGGCGGCCUUGGAUGCCUCCUGGUAGCUUAACCAUAGCUUUGCUGGGAGGACGACGACGAUCGACGACGACAAGAGCUAGCUACUAGCUACUAGCUAGCAGUCUUCUCCGUCCGUUGCUGACCUAGGAAGCUGCAGCCAGCUCGCCGCGGCGUUCUUGGGUGUAGAUGACGCUUGGUAGCGGCGUCGACAUGGAGGCCGGUGGCGCGGCGGCAGGGGCCGGCGGCGCGGCCGCGGCCGGGUCCUCCGACGAUGAGGGGCGGUGCGGCGGGCGGUUCGUGGAGGACUGGUGCUGCGCGUGCGCGGGGCUCUUCGCCGGGCCCAACCCGAUGAUGGCGCGGUACCUGUACGCGCUCAUCUUCCUCGUCACCAACCUCCUCGCCUGGACCCUCCGCGACUACGGCAACUCCGCCCUCGACGAGCUCCAGCGGCUCAAGGUCUGCCAGGGCGCGCGCUACUGCCUGGGAGCGGAAGGCGUGCUGCGGGUCAGCCUCGGCUGCUUUCUCUUCUUCUUCGUGAUGUUCCUGUCCACCGUGAACACGAGGAAGGUGCACGAGUGCCGGAACUCGUGGCACUCUGAGUGGUGGCCGGCCAAGGUCGUCCUCUGGCUGGGCCUCACGGCCGUCACCUUCCUUGCGCCGUCGCCGCUCGUCCAGCUCUACGGGAAGGUCGCGCAUUUCGGAGCAGGGGCGUUCCUGGUGAUCCAGCUCAUCAGCGUGACCAAGUUCAUCAUGUGGCUCAACGACUGCUGCCAGUCGGAGAUCACCCGGAAGAGAUGCCACCUGCAGAUCCAGGUGGUGUCCAUCGUCACCUACGUCGGGUCGCUGCUGGGGAUCGUGCUCAUGUACGUGUGGUACGCGCCGAGCCUGGCCUGCAAGCUCAACAUCCUCUUCAUCACCGUCACGCUGGUGCUCGUGCAGCUCAUGACCUUCGUCUCCAUGAGCUCCAAGGUGAAGGCAGGGUACCUGGCGCCGGGGCUGAUGGGCAUCUACGUCGUGUUCCUGUGCUGGUCGGCGAUCAGAAGUGAGCCUCACACGGAGAUCUGCAACAAGAAGGCAGCAGUUGCAACAAGCGCAGACUGGGUGAACAUCGCGAGCUUUGUCAUCGCGGUCAUCGUCAUCGUGGCGGCGACCUUCUCGACCGGAAUCGACUCCAAGUGCCUCCAGUUCAAGAAGGCGGAAGGGGAGUCGGAGGAGGACGACAUCCCCUACGGGUUCGGCUUCUUCCACCUGGUGUUCGCCAUGGGCGCCAUGUACUUCGCCAUGAUCUUCGUCGGCUGGAACGCCAACCAGACCAUGGAGAAGUGGACGAUCGACGUCGGGUGGGCGAGCACGUGGGUGCGCAUCGGCAACGAGUGGCUGGCGGCGAUCGUGUACAUAUGGAUGAUGAUCGCGCCCAUCAUCUGGAAGACGCGGCAGGUGGGAUCAUCGGCGGAGACAUGAACUGAUGAACAGUCAAUCACUCACUCACUAAUGUGACAUGUCAUCAGAAAACAAAAAUUGAAAAAGAGGAGGUCUGAUCAAGAAGAGUUCAAGACGCACUGCUGGUCAGCUAAUUUUUGCUAAGCAGACGAGGUGAAGAGAAGGCAACUAGUAGUAUCAGUAGUAACACCCAAGUAACCAAGGUGGCGUGGUGAAGCUCGGUUGAGGAAGCGCUCCUCAUCGAUGGAUCGCUGUACAAAACUGAAAGCGUCAUCUUUUGCCUGCCGCUGAUUCUCGCUGUUGCGGGCCGGGUUAAUUGUGUUGGGCCCUGAAUUGAUGCCCUGACAAAGGAGAGGCGUUCGUUAAAAGGAAGCCAGCAUGUUUGCAUACUAAAUACUACGAUCGUUGUACAAGCAAACACGAGCAAGUUCAGUAACUGCAGAGGCCGGAAUAAAGACUUCCCUUCGCAAAA